AUGGAACGCCUUCCUAACAAGGAACCCCGUUCUAUUCCAGGACUGGUAUGGAGUACUGUCACUCAAACCCAGGAAGUGCUUCCUGUGCCAGCGGAGGCGGGGAAAAGGAAGUCUCGCCUUCUGUCGCCCGGUCUGGGGCUGGGGCAGUCGGUUGUCGGCGGCCGAGUUUCUAGACGCCCCUGCUUGGCUCUCCUAGCUCUUUCGGGGCUGACGGUGACUCACCGCAGCUGCAGCGGGUCCAGGGAGUGCGGCCUGGAUUUUUCUGUGACGUCUCAAACAUGAGCCCCACACAGUGGGACUUCCCUGUGGAGUUAUGUUGCCGGCCUAUGGCUUUUGUUACACUUACUGGUCUUGAUGUGGUAUAUAAUGCUGUCCAUCGAGCAGUCUGGGAUGCUUUCUGUGCCAAUCGGAGAGCUGACCGGGUACCAAUUUCUUUCAAGGUGCUCCCAGGCGACCAUGAAUACCCCAAAUGUAGAUCAAAGAGAACUUCGUAUGAGUGGUACAUCCCUAAAGGGAUCUUAAAGACCGGCUGGAUGAAUAAGCAUCUGAACCUGGUGCCAGCGUUGGUGGUCGUGUUCUUUGAGCUGGACUGGGACGAGCCUCAGUGGAAGGAAAAGCAGUCUGAGUGCGCUACCAGAGUGGAGAUUGUCAGGCAAAGUUUGCAAGGGAGAAACACAAAAGUUGCGGUCGUCCUGAUUCAGAAGAAAACGCCUUUACCCCCAGGAGAAGAUGUGAUUGCGUCUGAGCGGGCUGCGGCUUUAUGCAAUGUGUGUGAACUCUCAGGCAAGUCUCUGUUUGUGCUGCCCCACACUGACCACCUUGUGGGCUACAUUAUAAGAUUAGAAAAUGCGUUUUAUGAGCAUGCCCAGACCUACUACUACACUGAGAUCAGAAGAGUGAAAUCUCAUAAGGAAUUUUUGAAUAAAACAACACACCAGCUUUUGUUUGUUAGACAUCAGUUCAAAAUAGCUUUCUUCAGUGAGUUGAAACAAGAUACCCAAAACGCCCUGAAGAAUUAUAGGACUGCCUAUAACCUUGUACAUGAAUUGAGGGCCCAUGAAACUAAUAUUCUGGAAAUUAAGACGAUGGCAGGAUUUAUAAACUACAAGAUCUGUAGACUGUGUUUUCAGCACAAUACCCCAUUGGAUGCGAUUGCUCAGUUUCGAAAACACAUUGACUUGUGUAAGAAAAAAAUUGGAAGUGCGGAGCUGUCCUUUGAGCACGCUGCGUGGAUGUCGAAACAAUUCCAGGCCUUUGGAGAUUUAUUUGAUGAGGCCAUUAAGUUGGGGUUGACAGCUAUUCAAACACAGAACCCUGGUUUCUACUAUCAGCAGGCAGCUUACUAUGCCCAGGAGCGGAAACAGCAAGCAAAAGCCCUCUGUAACCACGAUGCUGCUGUGAUGUACCCCAGUCCUGAUCCCUUAGAAACACAAACCGGUGUUCUUGACUUUUAUGGACAGAGGCCCUGGAGACAAGGAAUACUAAGCUUUGACCUCUCAGACCCAGAGAAAGAGAAAGCUGGGAUUCUUGCCAUUCAGCUGAAGGAGAGAAGUGUUGUCCAUUCUGAAAUAAUAAUCACUCUUCUGAGCAAUGCUGUUGCACAAUUCAAGAAGUACAAGUGUCCACGGAUGAAAAGCCACCUUAUGGUUCAAAUGGGAGAGGAGUAUUAUUAUGCAAAGGAUUAUACCAAAGCUUUGAAGCUGCUGGACUACGUGAUGUGUGACUACCGGAGCGAAGCGUGGUGGACUCUCCUCACGUCUAUAUUGACGACAGCCCUGAAGUGUUCGUACCUCAUGGCCCAGUUAAAAGAUUAUAUUACUUAUUCUCUAGAACUCCUGGGAAGAGCUUCAACUCUGAAAGAUGACCAGAAAUCUCGGAUAGAAAAGAACCUCAUGAAUGUUUUAAUGAACGAAAGCCCUGACUCUGAACCUGACUGUGAUGUCUUAGCAGUGAAGACUGCUCAGAAGCUGUGGGCGGACCGGGUCUCUCUGGCUGGCAGCAAUGUCUUCACAAUAGGUGUACAGGACUUCGUACCAUUCGUACAAUGCAAAGCCAAGUUCCAUGCUCCGAGUUUCCACGUGGAUGUCCCUGUGCAGUUUGACGUGUAUCUGAAGGCUGACUGUCCGCACCCCAUUAGGUUUUCUAAGCUCUGUGUCAGCUUCAAUAACCAGGGCUACAACCAGUUCUGUGUGCUGGAGGAGGCAUCCAGAGCAAGUGAAGUCCUUGAGAAUCUGACUCAAGGAAAGAUGUGCCUAGUCCCUAGCAAAACAAGAAAAUUGUCCUUUAAAUUUGUUGCAAAAACUGAAGACGUAGGAAAGAAAAUUGAGAUCACCUCUGUGGAUCUCUUUCUGGGCAGCGAGUCAGGCAGGUGUGUGGUGUUGAGCUGGCAGGGAGGAGGAGGGGAUGCUGCUUCCUCCCAGGAAGCCCUGCAGGCUGCAAGGUCUUUCAAAAGGCGGCCAAAGCUUCCUGACGAUGAGGUUCACUGGGACAGCAUCAUAAUCCAGGCAAGCACAAUGAUCAUUUCCAGAGUCCCAAACAUUUCUGUACAUCUGCGACAUGAGCCUCCUGCUCUCAUGAAUGAGAUGUAUUGUUUAGUUGUAACUGUUCAAUCCCAUGAAAAAUCUCACAUCAGGGAUGUGAAGCUCACUGCUGGCCUAAAGCCAGGGCAGGAUGCCAACCUAACUCAGAAAACUCACGUGACACUUCACGGAGCAGAGCUGUGUGAUGAGUCCUACCCAGCCCUACUCACUGACAUUCCUGUGGGAGACUUACACCCAGGAGAGCAGCUAGAGAAAACAGUAUAUGUUCGCUGUGGAACAGUGGGUUCCAGAAUGUUCCUUGUGUAUGUUUCUUACCUCAUCAAUACAACUGUUGAAGGAAAAGAAAUUAUUUGCAAGUGUCACAAGGAUGAAACUGUAACAAUAGAAACUGUCUUCCCGUUUGAUGUCGCAGUCAGAUUUGUUUCCACAAAGUUUGAGCACCUGGAAAGAGUCUAUGCAGACAUCCCCUUUCUCUUGAUGGCGGAUGUUCUGAGUGCCUCCCCGUGGGCCCUCACGAUUGUGUCCAGUGAGCUGCAGCUUGCUCCCUCUAUGACAGCAAUGGAUCAUCUGGAGUCCCAGAUAGACAGAGUUGUCUUACAGACAGGAGAGAGCGCUAGCGAGUGCUUCUGUCUUCGCUGCCCAGCUUCUGGAAACAUUGAAGGUGGAGUGGCAACAGGACAUUACAUUAUCUCCUGGAAGAGGGCCUCAGGCAUGGGAAAUCUCCCCGCAGUCAGGACUGUCAUCACACUGCCUCACGUGAUUGUUGAAAACAUCCCUCUCCACGUGAACGCAGACCUGCCCUCGUUUGGACGUGUCAGAGAGUCAUUACCUGUCAGGUACCACUUACAGAAUAAGACUGACUUGGUUCAAGAUGUGGAAAUUUCUGUGGAGCCCAGUGAUGCCUUCAUGUUCUCAGGCCUCAAACAGAUCCGAUUGCGUAUUCUACCUGGCACCAAGCAGGAAAUGCUGUAUAAUUUCUACCCUCUGAUGGCUGGGUACCAGCAGCUACCAUCGCUCAACAUCAACCUGCUUCGGUUUCCCAACUUCACCAACCAGCUGCUCCGACGGUUUAUACCGACCAGCAUUUUUGUGAAGCCACAGGGUCGACUCUUGGAAGAUACCUCCAUCGCUGCUGCAUGAUGUCCAGGACAAGCUCAUGGUGUUAUUACAGAGGAGGCAAAAGGGUACCAGGGAGGCUACCGUGACUGUAGUGUUGAUCAUGGUGAAAAGUUAAUCUUGCCUAUUUUUUAAUGGAUAUAAUACCAGCUAUUCAGAGGAACUCAUGGUUAAAAUACUGAGGAAAUCAUCUCCAGUUUCACUAAUAAAAGUUUGAAAUGUGUCAGUGUGACGUGAAAGGGUGUCAGGUCAUCGUUGCUGUUAGAAGUCCUUUCGUGGUUAGUGCAGUGUGUCUUCUGUACAGCAUCAGUAGACACAGAUACCCAACCAAGUGUGGAUGUCAGAGGAGACGCCACUCACCUGGGUCUGCCUGCAAGUGACCCACCCCAUUAGUCCCCUGCGUGUUUCUGCAUACACAGCAAGCAGCACAGGUCUGUCUGACUGCGGGACAGACCUCCAGGGAAGGGGGCUCAUUAGAGCAGUUGAAAGGUGUGUUUUAUUUACCGUCAGAAAGUUUCAAACUACAAUCCGUACAUGCAUUUGUGUGCUUCCUGAAAGAACCUGAUUAUAAGCGUCAUUACUAAACUAAGUCUGGGAGAAUGAAGCAUUAAGAGUCUUCAGUCCCAUUAUAGAAUUUCCUAAGUGCUAUAUAGAACAACCUUUACGUUCAUGGAAAUGGAAACAGAUCAUAUGGGGAACAUUUUCUUUGUAAAAUAUCUUAAUUUAAAAGUACAUAAUUUCAUGGAUAUUUGUAUUAUGCAGACUGUGGGCAUAUUGUAAAAAGGAAAUAGUGAUGUAAAUAAAAUAUGUUCUCUUUCACA